AUGGGCGAGGAUGCUGACGAUUUAGUGUGGCGCCCCAAUUUUGAUGCUGAACCCGUUCCUGUGGCUGCCUUGGAGGUGAAGCUGGGGUCUCUCGUCACCAUGCUACUCCUCACUUUCCUUAGCGGCUUGACACCUCUCUUUCUUUUCAGGCGACAGGGUUACCUUGAUGCUUCAGGUAAUUUGAUGGCACAAGCAAUUUUAUGUUUCAUUUAUAUUAAUGAAUUAAGCAACUCCUUGUGAUAGCCAUGGUCUUUUUAUGCUAAUGCUCAAAAAAAAUAAAAAAUAAACUCUAUAAAGCAACAUGUGUUAAUGAACACUAUUGACUGCUCCUUCUUAGAGGGAUACCAUAGGCAUCAAACAACUUUAGCUUAAUGGAGCAGUUUUGGCAUAUAGAUCAUGCCUCUGCAAUCUCACUACUCAGUCAUCUGCCAUUUAGGAGUUAAAAUGAAUCUGUCAUGUCCAUAUUAGCUUUAGCUCUUUUUAAAGCGCUUAAAAUUCAGUCUAUACAGUUGUAUUUGGGGGGGAGGGGGUGGGGGGAGGGAGGGACAUCCUGUCUACUAAUUCCUCAGUAGACACUUAAUGCAAGAAAAUUGAGAGCCAGGGAGAGCAGAGCAGACCUUCCACAGGAUGUCCCUCUGCUCUCCACCUAUAGCCGCCCUAGCCACAACUCCCCUGGCUGUGCAUGGAAAAAUUGUUAAUUUUAAAUCAGAUGCUACCUUACUUUAGAAGUGUUUUAUUUUUAUUUAUUUUUUGCUCCAGCUCUGUAAAUGAAACUUUAAUCACACACGAGGCUCUGUUGCUAUUAACAGAGCCGGAGAUAAGAAGUUCUAGAUUACAGACUGUGCAGUAAGGAAACCUAAAAUAUCUAGGUUAUUUUUCAAGAAGUCUUUAGUAUGGCUUUGUAAGUCACAUUCAAGUGAAAUGUGGCUGGGACUGCAUAAACAAACAGUGUUGAUUUUAACUCCUAAAUGGUAGAGAACUAAGCAGUGAGACUGCAGGGGCAUGAUCUAUACCAGUGGUAGUCAACCUUUUUCUACCUACCGCCCACUAAUGCAUUUUUCUUGAUGGAAAGAUUUCCUUACCGCCCACCAGUUUUUGCGCAAGUGCCGGAUAUUUUUUAGAAAGGAGGGUGUUUUUAAAAAAAAAAGUACGUACAUUUAUCUUUUUAUUUCUACUUAAUGCAUGUUUAUAAUGUUUUUAACUUUAUAAUGUUUAAUGAGAAAACAAUAAAGUAAAAUUCAUAUUACCUUUACUAGUGAUUAAUGAGAUCCUUGAGGUUGAUGCUGCAAGACUAAAUAUUUGAUAUCUGGUUCGAUUUUUCAUAAGGAACAAACGAAGGUCUCCUCUUUCGGUGAUAUUCAGACAACUUCUCUGUUUGCUCAUAUGAUUUGUCAUCUAUGUGUCAGCUCCUCUCCUCUCCCUCCUCAAUUCCCCACUUUUUUUUUACUUUUUUCUAUUUUUUUUUUUUUUUUUAACCUUCCUUAUAGCAAUGCCCAGUAGGAAGGCUGAGCUAGGUAGCACACUUACUAUAGCCCACUAUAACACAUACAGUUGCAAGAAAAAGUAUGUGAACCCUUUGGAAUGAUAUGGAUUUCUGCACAAAUUGGUCAUAAAAUGUGAUCUGAUCAUCAUCUAAAUCACAAUAGACAAUCACAGUCUGCUUAAACUAAUAACACACAAAGAAUGAAAUGUUGCCAUGUUUUUAUUGAACACACCAUGUAAACAUUCACAGUGCAGGUGGAAAAAGUAUGUGAACCCUUGGAUUUAAUAACUGGUUGAACCUCCUUUGGCAGCAAUAACUUCAACCAAACGUUUCCUGUAGUUGCAGAUCAGACGUGCACAACGGUCAGGAGUAAUUCUUGACCAUUCCUCUUUACAGAACUGUUUCAGUUCAGCAAUAUUCUUGGGAUGUCUGGUGUGAAUGGCUUUCUUGAGGUCAUGCCACAGCAUCUCAAUCAGGUUGAGGUCAAGAUUCUGACUGGGCCACUUCAGAAAGCGUAUUUUCUUCUGUUAAAGCCAUUCAGUUGUUGAUUUACGUCUAUGCUUUGGGUCAUUGUCCUGUUGCAACACCCAUCUUCUGUUGAGCUUCAGCUGGUAGACAGAUGGCCUUAAGUUCUCCUGCAAAAUGUCUUGAUAUACUUGGGAAUUAAUUUUUUCCUUCGAUGAUAGCAAUCUGUCCAGGCCCUGACGCAGCAAAUGUUAGAGAAAAAACAGCACUAGAUACCCCUAAGGGAACUAGCCGGGUGUGUAUCUGGGGCGUCCAAAAUAGGGGAUAACACUCACUUUUAUGUGUAACUAAGAAAAGGGAAGAAAAGACCAGGUGGUCAAAAGAAAUAGGGCGCCCCCUAAUUAAUUGCCAUGAGGAUAUGUACAAAUAAAAUUUAACCUUUUAAUAGUUGCUGCAUAAAAGUGUUCUGAAAAAUAAAGAAAUAAGAAAAAUAUGGCUAAAACCAAUAUGGAUAGGUAAGGAUAACUCUGAGUGGGAUAUAUAAAGUUAUAACCUAUCAUUCCCAGAUCAGUGGGAUUUCAUCAUUUUUCAGGAAUUCUAAUCCUAUAAUGAGAUCUAUUUACAUUAACAUGAUGGGUUUUUCUCUGGAUGUCCAUAAAUUACAGUAACCAUUAGGUCUGUUGCAUUAGUCUAAGAUUUUAAUAAAUGUUUCUAGGAAUUAAAACCCAUAUGUGUUUGUUUAUUAUUUUUUCGUCUCUUUAUUUCUUUUUCUAUUCUAUAAGAUUCAAAUUGAAGAAAACAUUAGCACGGUCAGCUACUCUCCGCAUUAUGGAGAGAUCCUAUGAAUAUACUCAUGGCAAACCUAGGGUUAAAAUAGAUCGGCACAUAAUGAUGUGUUUAUUAACUAUGAUGACACGUCAUUCGGGGGGGGCGUGGCAAACUCGGGCUCCGGCCAUUUGGCGCGAUCCCUGUGCUACACGCCCCCUCCGCCUAUUGGUGGAACGGGGGUAUAAAUGAGCCACUGGUACCUCUGAGCACUUUUGUAUAGUCUCGGAAGAAGGCGUGUGUAGCAGCGUCGAAACACGUGUUAGAUAGCUAGAUAGUUAUUUUGGAUAGGAGAUUGCGCUCGAAUUGAUAGACUUUUAGAUAGUCAGCUUAUUACUAUCCUUUCCUUAGUUGGGUGUAGGGUUGGCACAUUUGGGGUGGGCGCAUUCAUAGUGAUAUUAUUCCACGCCUUUAUAUGAGAGACUAGCUUUUCUCUUUCUUAACCACGCCAACUCCGAGGCUAAAACUUUCUGACAGCUGGAAAGGCAACAUAAACUUUGUAUCAUUAUACUGCUGACUCCAAUAUAUCCAAGCGAUUUAGCUACUUUGUGAUAGAUCCUUGUAUAAUUUAUAGGUACAAUCCUCUCUCCUGUAUAUACAAUAUGAGAUUGCUACUAUUUACUUCACUGUAGAACACUUUUUUAUUUUUUAUUUUUUUAAAGCAACUGUCUGGGAGGGGGAUAUCCCAACUAGUAGAGAUACCUAUCUAUAUAUUAUUACUUGGCUAGUAAGAUCUUUACAAGUGACUAUUUACUCGUAGCAAGGAUCAAUAUCUAAGUGGGAUCCUUUUCAUUUCUUUUCUACCCACCUCAAGGUUUUUCUGAGGGGAUUUAUCGAUUUAUUCAUAUAUCCCACUCAGAGUUAUCCUUACCUAUCCAUAUUGGUUUUAACCAUAUUUUUCUUAUUUCUUUAUUUUUCAGAAUACUUUUAUGCAGCAACUAUUAAAGGUUACAUUUUAUUUGUACAUAUUCUCAUGGCAAUUAAUUAGGGGGCGCCCUAUUUCUUUUGAGCACCUGGUCUUUUCUUCUUUUUCCCUGACGCAGCAAAGCAGCCCUAAACCAUGAUGCCCCCACCACCAUACUUCAGUUAGGAUGAGGUUUUGAUGUUGGUGUGCUGUGCCUUUUUUUUUUGCCACACAUAGUGUUGUGUUUUUUCCAAACAACUCAACUUUGGUUUCAUCUGUCCACAAAAUAUUUUGCCAGUACUGCUGUGGAACAUCCUGUGGGGAUAUUUAUGGGAUGAUAAUUUUAAGCAGUCGAGAAUUGCCCACUAUUUCAAUCCUCUUAGAUCUUAGAGAUCGUUUAUCAUGUAAGUGAAAAGUAUUCCAUCAAUAAUUCACAAUUUGUUAUAAAAAUAGAUUUAUUUUUAUUGUAACAAAUUAAUUAACAAAUAAUAUUAGGCAUCAUGCAUGAUGAUAAUCAGUGAAUAUUUAGUAUAACAUAUACAAUACAAUGGAAUGGCUAACACGUUUCAACGGCUACAGCAUUUUCUGUCUUAGACUUACACGAUUUAUAAGGGUAUCUUUACAGACAAAAAGUAAAGCUUUUCACAACGAAGAGCCAUAAAAACCCUGGCUAACAGUUAAAUCAACUGAAUAACCCUUUCAAUGCUGGCUAGAUCCUCCUAGGCAUAUUGUAUCCUAUUCCCCUGUGAUUUUCAAUUACAAUAACAUUUAAACCAGCUCAUUAAUCAUUUUCUGGAACCAUCAAAUAAGAAUAAUCUACCAGAUUCUAUAAACAGAAUUUUAAUUUGCCUAAAAAGAUAUCUUAUCUUAAUUUAGAGCAAAUCAAUACACCUGGAUAAAAACAGCGGUAUGCUAAAACGUGAUACUAUCACAUUAAUAUAUAAUUAUUCUUAAUUCCACCUGCAGAAUGGAAUGUUUAUAACUAUAUAUUCUUAGUUAACUAAGAUUUCUAAAUAUUGAAAUCUGACUGUGAUUUAUCCAGUCAUAUAUCAUGCUAUUAGUAAAUUUUUAUUAAUUAAAUAAAACCAGCAUAAUUACCAGUUAUGUAGCUAUUCUCAUCAGAUGAAUAGGUAGUCCCAGAAACUUGAUUGGUUGUAUGGAGGUGCGUGAGUGAUAGAAAAAGUAUUAAAGAGUUUAUGUCCAAGAGAGUUUAAGGGUGGAGUGUUAGUCCCAGAUAUUGUCCUGGAUUUCUCUGCAUGCUCAGAGUUGGAGUCCCCCAAACUUCAACUCCUUCUCUCUGUAUCUCUAUUCCAACCCCAACUACCCUGUCUUCCCUUUGUCCUUACUUUUAAAGGGCCAGAUUCUCUGUACGUCAUUAGCUGAUAACCCAAUAGGAAGCCGUAGGUGUGUCCAAUCUAUGGGUCGCCAUUUAGGUAUUUGAUCCAUAGAGGGCAGUCUCGUCUAACAAAACCUUCCUAUCCAGGAAAGAGUUAACUUUUCCUGAUGACGAUUUUGACGUAAUUUGGCUUAUCUAAAAUUACUACCAUAACUUAGAUUUGCUGUCAGUUCAAAGCGUUUGUUCCAGUCUUUGUGGCAUUUACUUUGAUCGUAACUUGUAAAAUUGACAGUUCUAAACUCAAUUUCACCCCUUACUACAAUGGUACCUUAUAAAAUUUAGAAAGUAAAAUUAAUUACUUAGUCUUCUCUGUCACUAGUGUCUGUGUUUAGAUAAUGCAUCUAUUCCAUUAACAUUUUAUACAGUGUUCCAUCCCCCUUGCUUCAUUGUUUAUCUUGGUUUGUUUAUGUAAUAGAUUCCUCAGCUCAAGCAAGUGGCUAGUUACUGAAAGUAAGAAGAAACCAAGGAAAUUAUGUGUUUUUGUUAUCCUGAAGAUAGCAAAAUGGAGUCCGCUUUGUUCUGAAUGGCUGUGGCAAUAUACACUUUUAAUUUCUUUUUAGCACAAAAUGUCGAUAUAAAUAUUCUGACAAUCCAGGUGCUCUUGUGCAAACUGUAAACGUGCAGCAAUGUUUUGUUUGGACAGCAGUGGCUUCCUCUAUGGUAUCCUCCCAUGAAAUCCAUUCUUGUUUAGUGUUUUACGUAUUGUAGAUUCGCUAACAGGGAUGUUAGCAUUUGCCAGUGACUUUUGUAAGUCUUUAGCUGACACUCUAGGAUUCUUCUUCACCUCAUUGAGCAGUCUGCGCUGUGCUCUUGCAGUCAUCUUUACUGGACGGCCACUCCUAAGGGGAGUAGCAGCAGUGCUGAGCUUUCUCCAUUUAUGGACAAUUUGUCUUACAGUGGACUGAUGAACAGCAAGGCUUUUGGAGAUACUUCUAUAACCCUUUCCAGCUUUAUGCAAGUCAACAAUUCUUAAUCGUAGGUCUUGUUACGCUACUUGGGUGAGUUGGAUUGGAACUCAACUGCAGCUGGUAAAACUCCCUAAUUACAAUAAUGAAGAAACUGAGAAUCUUUAAAGUAUCAAUACUGUAGCUUUAAGAAAAGAGAAUUGCUAGGAACGUGAUUCAAACGAAGUUUUAAUAAGUGUUAAACAUAAAUGAAUUGCAUUUAGGCAAUAAUCCAAUAAGAAGUGCAAGUAAUCAACACAAAGUUCAUUAAUAAAUAUUCCUCAGAGAUGCAUUAAGUAACAUUCUUUAGGUUAAUGAGAAUAAUCUUCAAUAGUAACUUUAAGCAAGUAGCUGAGAAUAUUUGCAAAGCAGGAACAGUUCAUAGUUAAUAAGCAUGAUGGGAGUUGUCCUCCAUAUAAUUAGUAGCUUGAAGCAGUGAAGAUUUAAUAAGCAAGCAUUAGUUCAUUAUUAAAUGAUAUUGUAGACAAAUAGCUGAAAAAUAUACUUAAGGUUAAUCUGAGUUGUCCUCCAAUAGUUUAGUGAUAUGGUCCACUUGUAAAGUAAGUGAGUUUCCGUUCUCCAGUAAUCCUCUGUGACAUGAAGCAUACUUGUCUUAGUCCAGAAGGCUAGGACGUCUUCAGAGUUUGUAGAGCCGGCGUGUCCCAGGAGCCGGCGUGCAUAUUUCGAAGUAGGACCCACAAUGCCAGAGACUGUGGAGAGGUAAGUCUGGCGGAAGUAGUUCCCAGUAUCACCCAACUCUGGCGCGGUCUCCCUAAACACCGUUAGAGCUGCGUCAGAGGGGGGCGGGGUCCGGCUCUGCACAGCGGCGUGCCGAACCCGGAAGUGUUACCGCAUGACAGGUCUUCUGAGAGCUUUUUUGUGCAAAGCAUCAUUCACAUCAGGCAAUGCUUCUUGUGAAAAGCAAACCCAGAACUGGUGUGUGUUUUUUAUAGGGCAGGGCAGCUGUAACCAACACCUCCAAUCUCAUCUCAUUGAUUGGACUCCAGUUGGCUGACAUCUCACUCCAAUUAGCUCUUGGAGAUGCCAUUAGUCUAGGGGUUCACAUACUUUUUCCACCUGCACUGUGAAUGUUUACAUGGUGUGUUCAAUAAUAACAUGGCAACAUUUCAUUCUUUGUGUUUUAUUAGUUUAAGCAGACUGUGAUUGUCUAUUGUUGUGACUUAGAUGAUGAUCAGAUCACAUUUUAUGACCAAUUUGUGCAGAAAUCCAUAUCAUUCCAAAGGGUUCACAUACUUUUUCUUGCAACUGUACGUACAUACAUGCAUGCACACACAUAUACACACAAGACAUAUACACACACACCCACACACACAACAUACAUACAAAGACACAUACACGACACACUUACAUACAUAUAUAUAUAUAUAUAUAUAUAUAUAUAUAUAUAUAUAUAUAUAUAUAUAUAUAUAUAUAUAUAUAUAUAUAUAUAUAUAUAUAUAUAUACAUACAAAGACACACACUCAAGACAUACACACACACACUAUUUUUGUCACCCUCCUGUUUCUUACCUUUUAGGAGCAGGAGGGCGACACUCCCUGGGGUCCAGUGGUGGCUCAGGUGGAUGGGAGUCAGAGUUCCCACUCUGACUCCCUCUGCCUCCUCCCGCGUGGCCUGUGUGCUAGCUGGGAGGAGUGACGUGCAGUUACUUCCUCCCAGCUCUGUGUGAUGUAAUCACAGGGGGCCCGGUCGCGCUGUUAAAGUGCCCAGCACUGACUUGGCCCCCUUACAAUCUAUAACCAUUGGGUGGCCCUGACAGCAUGGGCCACCCGAUGAACUCCUUGGACGGCAGCCCUGGCGGUUUGCUGAGCGGGCCGGGGCCGCAAAUGGUGAUGGCGGGUACCCGGUCUCAGGGGUACCGCUGGCUCGCACCCACCCACCCAAUCUCUCAAAAUGAGGAAAUCCCUACCGUGGAAUCUCCCUUUAAAGGUAUUUUUGGCUUAAAAGGACAUUAUAGUCACCAAAACUACAGCUUCUUAAUGUAGUUGAUCUGGUUGGUAUAGCAUGUCCCUAAAGUCUUUCAGAGAAAGGUAGUAUUUACAUUACUGCCUAGUAACACCUCUAGUGGCAGUCAGUCAGAUGGCCACUAGAGGUGCUUCUUGGGUCAGUGUUGCGCUGACUUUCAGUGUCUCCACUCUCGGCAUGGAGGCCCUGAACUUUCCCCAUAGAGAUGCAUUGAUUCAAUGUAUGUCUGAGAAGAGAUAAUUGGCACAGUGUUUUACCGUGCAUGCACAAUGGCCUCCAAAUGCUUUCCUAUGGGAAAACAUUGGAUUGGCUUAGGUUGUCAAUUUUGAUUUCCAUCAAGGAGGUGGAGCAGUGGCAGAGCCAUUUGCAGCGGACCCUAGUGGCGCUGGAAAUAAGGAGUCUUCAUCCUUUUUAACAGUGGGGGGGAAAUCUGCGUACCUUAAUAUCUUGUUUGUUUGUGGUUUUUUUAACUGUUGUGUUGGGAAUACACAUUUUGGAUUCCCGACACUAUAGUGUUCCUUAAACUGACAUGUUUGUUGUUUCUGAUGCUUCUCUCCAGGGACUCGCCGGAGGGUUCUCAGUCUGAUCAGCUGUUUCUGUGGUGGUGUUUUCCUAGCCACGUGCCUUUUGGACUUACUUCCUGAUUACCUCGCUGGCAUAAAUGAUGCCCUUGGGAAGAUAAACAUUACAGUAAGUACAGGUUGUGUGUGAAUCCUUGUGGCACAGUGUCUAACAUACUGAUUAAAAAAUAUUUGUAUUAAAAGUUGAGGGGGUACAUUGCACCUGCUAGUAUAAAUGAAGAAAAGGUUGCUAUAUUCAGUGUUUUCAAGCACACACAUUGCUACUUUAUGUAUAACCGUGAUUCCUAAACCAAUCCUCCCGACCCACAAACUGUUCAGGUACUGUCAGUAUCUCCAUUGGGAUACAAACAAGGAAAUGCAUACAUCAUGGAUUGUUGGUGGGCCAUGACUGGUUUGGGAACAUAUAAUGUAUAAGGACAGAUCUUGGAUAUUUUCUCUCCUUGAAAUCGAGACUGAACCAGGUGCAAAAGAGAUUAAAUAACAAAGUAAAUGUUACAUGAAUUAAUAAGCAGAGCUUGUUCCAGUGUGUACCUGGUCUUUUUUUUUUACUUUAAACUUGGUGUGAAUCAAGGCUGGUUACUCUAAAUGUCUCACACAUAUUGAGCCUCCAAAGUAGGAUGCAUUUAAAAAAAAAAAAAAAAAGUUAUGAUAAGUAAUGGAUAAAUUAUUUUAAAAUACUAUUUAUUAAUGACAGAACACCACAAUCAGGUAGACACUUCAAUAAAGAAGGAUUUUGAGGUGAGGAUGAGGCAGGAAGGAAAGGGAUGCAGAGGAGCCAAUCUGGAUGAGGUGAGGAAGUUAUCAGUUGCUCUGGAGAAAGAAUAGUAUACAAUGGAUCAAGCUGGGGAUACAAAAUAACUGAGUUUGAAGGAGAAAGCUUGGGUGAGAGAAUGUAUUGGAUGCAGAUGAGAAGGCUCUGGGGAGCCAGCAAAGGCAUUGGAUGCAGAAGAUAUAAGACCAUGUACUUUUAGUUACUGUGAAAAGGUGGGCCACCUCAUGUCUUUAGCAAUGACAAAAAAUCUAAUUUUUUAUUUUUUUUUCCCCUCAUUCUUGCGUUACAGCUCCAUUUCCCACUGCAGGAAUUUAUCCUUGCCAUGGGCUUCUUCCUUGUCUUAGUUCUAGAACAAAUUGUCCUGAGUUACAAGGACUACGAUGGAUCCCAUGGUGAGACCAAUGCACUUCUUGGGUCACAAGGUGAUGUCCAGCAUGCUGGCACAGACGUCCCACAUGUCCAUAUCGAUGUGAACGCUCAUUCUGCAGUGCGCACUGUUAUCCUGGUGCUGUCCCUCUCUCUUCAUUCUGUGUUGGAAGGCUUGGCAGUUGGGCUGCUUCGGGAUACCGGGAAGGUUCUUGAGACCUGCAUGGCGCUUCUUAUCCAUAAGUGCAUCAUCUCCUUCAGUUUGACUUUUAAACUCUUACAAGGUCGACUCCGUGCCAAAGGAGUGUUAAUCUGCGUUUUCCUGUUCUCCUUCAUGUCCCCCUUGGGCAUCGGACUAGGGUUAGUGCUAACCGAGAACUCUGAUCCCAUACACCAACUAUCCCGCUGUGUUCUGGAGGGCAUUGCAACCGGAACAUUUUUAUAUAUCACUUUUCUAGACAUCCUGCCACAUGACCUGAGUUCCUCUGAUCUGCAUAUCCCAAAAGUGAUUGUAAUUCUCUGUGGCUUCUCUGUGAUUACUGCAGUCCUCUUCCUCAAAAUCUGA